AUGCCCGCAACGACUGUCAUUCGAGCUGCUCUUCGACAACGAUGUAAAGUAAACCUCCGGAUUUAUACGGCCCUUUCACCCUACAUCGACGACCUGCCAAUCUACAUCGAGGACAACCAUCUUCGGAGCCUACAAUGCGCGAAACCCAAGGGUGCGGUUGCACCGCCCAAAAACGUCCAAUCCACCUUUGCAGUGCGAGCGCAAAUCAACACGGAACUCUCCCAACAAACAAUCCCUCGCAUCCCAAAGUCCUCCCCUUUCCACCAGUUCCCCGACUUCGAGUCGUUCUACGAACUGGUCCCCUACCUCUCCCUCGCCUUCUCCGAUGGCGAUUUCACCCCCGAAAUUGCAGCACGUUUCAACCUCUCUCCAAACACCAACGAAUUCACCCAUUUCCUGAAAAUCGUCGACGCCAAAUCUCCCUCGGAAGCAGGGAGAACGAUACUCGAGACGGACGAGUACACGGGCACGCAAACGUUGACGCUCCCCAUCUACCACCAUCCACCACCCAACCGACGCCGAGAUUACACCCUCCUUUCAGACCGCCAGCUCCUCGCAGCUCGCGAUUUCCUCUCCCUCGCUCUGCCAUACUUCUCCGAGGGAAGGCCGAACCUGAAGAAACGAGGGUCGUCGGACAUGGCGCAUGUGUUGAUGACGGCGCCAAAGGGGAUUGGGGGAGCAGUAGAUGUGAUGUCGAUUGCCGCCUGCUAUUUGAGUUACGCAUCCAUGGUCGACAUUGAUACGGUGGUGGAGCAUAUGGAUGAGGCGAUUGGAUAUGGCGGAAAGGGUUGGGUGGGCGUGAUCGGUGAGGAUGGCUUGGAUAGGAUUGCGCAGGUUACGGACUCGGAGGAGAGGCUGCCGCAGUUGCAAACAACACCUAAACGGUUGAAUUAG